UAGGAAGUGACAUGAAGAAAAUAAAAAUGCAGCUGGCUGGUAACCACUGAAAUGUGAACACGGUGUAGCAUUAACAGAAAAACUGUAGCGAUGACUAUUUGAAACUCUUUCUGUAGAGGGGCUGUGGUGUGACAAUUUAGCACCAAAAAGACCGAAGAAGUUGAAUAUCAUUGAACCUUCCAGAAGACAGUAACAUUUCCAAACCACUCCAAUGUCUUCUGGCUGUCCACCCCAGUCACCUGCUGUGGCAAAGUCUGAAGUAGCAAUAGAGGGAGAAUGCCCAUUGCUGGCUGCCACCUUUGCCUACUGGGAUAACAUCCUGGGUCCACGGGUGCGCCACAUUUGGGCACCAAAGGGUGACCAGUUGAUGUUCCUCAGCGAUGGAGAGGUCACCUUUUUGGCCAAUCACACACUCAAUGGGGAGAUUCUGCGUAGUGCUGAGUGUGGUGCCGUGGAUGUGAAGUUCUUUGUCCUGGCAGAAAAGGGCGUCAUCAUUGUGUCUCUCAUCUUCGAUGGCGAGCUGAAGGGGGACAAGAACACAUGUGCCUUGUCCAUUAUCCUGCCUCAGACAGAGCUGGCCUUCUACCUGCCUUUGCACACCAUCUGUGUGGAGAGGCUAAAACACGUCAUCCGCAAGGGGCGCAUUUGGAUGCAGAAGGGCUACAACAUCAUCUCAGUGUUGAGCUUGGAGAUCGUCCCUAUCAUGGAGCUGCUGGCCUCUAUGAAGACACACAGCGUGCCGGAAGAAAUAGAUAUAAAAGACACCGUGCUAAAUGAUGAUGACAUCGGGGACAGCUGCCACGAGGAUUUCCUCCACAAGGCCAUCAGCUCUCAUCUGCAGACUUGUGGCUGUUCAAUAGUAGUUGGAAGCAACCCAGAGAAAGUAAAUAAGAUCGUGCGGACUCUCUGCCUCUUCCUCACCUCGGCCGAGAGGAAGUGCUCUCGCCUCUGCAAGGCUGACUCUUCCUUCAAAUAUGACACCGGCCUGUUCGUUCAGGGUCUGCUCAAGGACUCCACAGGUAGCUUCGUCCUGCCCUUCCGCCAGGUGCUCUACUCACCGUACCCAACCACUCACAUCGACGUGGACAUCAACACAGUGAAGCAGAUGCCGCCCUGCCACGAGCACACGUACAACCAGCGGCGCUAUAUGAGAUCUGAGCUAAGCACGCUCUGGAAGACAGACAGCGAGGAGGACAUACCCCCAGAUACAGUCAUUCACACUGAUGAAACCUUCACACCUGACCUGAAUAUAUUUCAGGACGUGAUGCAUAAAGACACUUUAGUGAAGUCGUUUAUAGAUGAGGUGUUCAUGCUGAAGCCAGGCCUGUCCCUGCGGAGCACCUAUCUGGCCCAGUUCCUGCUGCUGCUCCACAGGAAGGCCCUCACACUGCUCAAGUACAUCGAGGACGAAACGCAAAAAGGGAAGAAGCCGUUUCGAUCCUUGCGCAAUUUAAAGACGGAUCUGGAUCUGAUGAUGGAAGGAGACCUGAACAUCGUAAUGGCCUUCGCUGAGAAGCUGAGGGCAGGACUGCACUCGUUUGUGUUCGGGAAGCCAUUCUACACCAGCAUGCAGGAGCGAGACAUACUCAUGAGCUUCUGACCCUUAUUCUUCACCUGCACUUUAUUUAUUAGACGGUUAAUGAAAACAAAUGUUUUCGUGAUCCUUUUUUUUUUAUUGGUUUAAUUGUUACAUGAAAGCAUGCAAAUGUAUAUUUGUGAGACAGCCAUUAGCCUGAAUAUUUGUUUCUGCUUUGCUGAAAUGUGUCUUCCUUUUGUGUCUUGGAUCAGUACAAGGCACCAUUUCAAAGACUGAUUGUUACUGCUGUUAUGAGCCAUUACAAUUAAAGUUCUGAUACAUCGCCUUGAUCACCUGUAAGCAUAAUGUGAGUUUAAUGUUUUUAGAAGACAAAUUAUUCGCUGCGGGAAUUAUGAAUUAUUCAUGUAUUCUAUGCCUUCUGUUAAUAGAGGGUCUGUAUUAAUUUAUGGUGUUAAAAUUGGCUGAGGUGCCCACUAGGACAUUUGCAAUUUAAUUUAAAUUAUAUUUAUAAAAACACAAGUUAUUAGUUUCUUCACUGCCUGUGUUGUACAACAGCCUCGGCUGGCCUUUGACCCUUUUGAACUUGUGGAUUGCCUUUUUUAAAAAUUCAAUUAAUGGCUGUGUGUGUUGAAUGUGAGCAGUGCACAUCGGGUGACAUUACAGAAAGGUUGUGAGUAAAUCAUGAGGAUUUCAUUAAAGACAGAAUACAAAAGCACUGUAAAUGAAAUCUUAUCACGGUCCCUGCUGAUAAAACACAUCUCUUUUUCUGGCUGACUGUGUGUCAUCAUUAAAUACCUUUACACAGUUAUGUAUUAAAUGGAUUUGCACUGAUUUUUUUUUCUCCCACAGCAGAGAUUGAGCUAUUUGCAGUUAGGAUUAUUAUGAAAUUUGCAUCUUAAAGUCAGUCUUUUUUGUUUGUUUUGUUUUUUGUUUUUUUGCUUUAAGCCUUGCUUCCAAAAAUGCUAAUUGUUUUGACAUUGUAAUAUGUUGUGUUGCUAAUGUUGUGCCAUACUCCAUUGUUAUUAUAUCUACAUACAGUUUUUAAUCUAGAGCAGUUUUUCCACUUGGAGAUGUUUAGCAGAACAUGUUUAUUACAAAUGCAUCAAUUCUAGACAUGUUUCUUACUUUGCUCCCUUUCCUUUUUACUUUAUGGUCUAAUUUAUUUUAACAGUGAACCUUUGUCUAAUUGUUGAGACAGGGCAAUGGAUAAUAAACAUUGUAUUAACAAACUUCA